GCGUAAAGGGUGGCACUAUAAAUAAGGAUGGAAACUCGACUGGGGGAAAUGAUCUCGUAAGGUUCGUGUGUGACGGCUCCACAAUUAGUAAUGAGUGACACUAGUAGCAUAGGGGAGAGUGCCAGGGGUACUGGGGGUGAUCGGGCUUUAGACCCUCCCAUAGAUACACUGGGCUCGGAUGACAGUAGCGAUUCACCUAUAACUUUUAUUGGCGGAUUUUUAACAGAAGCUUCCGAUGAUAGCAUGACAACCUGUGAACCCAUGGAUGACACGUCACCCGAGUCUAAAAAUGAUGACGGGGAUGCUCCUAAGAAAAAGAAGAGGUAUAGUAAAUCCAGAGCGCGGAACAGAAGCCCGGGACUGGUGAUGAAACUGAAAAAAAACCGGCGGGUUAAAGCUAACGAUCGUGAACGGUCGCGGAUGCAUAAUUUGAACUCCGCGCUGGACUCGCUGAGAAAAACACUUCCAACGUUUCCGGACGAUGCCAAACUGACUAAAAUUGAGACUCUACGGCUUGCUCAUAACUAUAUAUGGGCUUUAACGGAGACUUUGAAGAUGGUUGAAACUCCGGGGGGUAAGUCUAUUGGGACAGGGGCGGGUCACGUGACCAGUAACAUGAUGCAGCAAUUGACAUCGGAGUGUAGAAGAAUAGCCCAGGUGAAGUGUGAACCCCUCUCCCCGUCCCACAGGCGCCCAGCAUUAUCGCCCCACCCCCUUCACCACCAUCCUGACCCCCUCCAUCGGAUGUCUGAUCCCCUCGGGUCAGAUCCCGGGGGGUGGGCGUCCCACGUGCUGUCUGUGAUUCCUUCUAGUCCGCAUAAACAUCAAAACCCCGAUGUUUACACGUAUGACUUUUUCCAGGACUACAGUGACAAUGACAAUGGGUUUGUGACGAUGUGAAAUAUGUGCCACUUACAACCUGAAAUGACAUUCGAAAUGUGUGAAAUUGACAUGGAAAUGUGAAAUUGACAUUUGUGAAUUUUUUCCACACCAGUGACAUGCCAUCAUGAACGCAAUCGUUCUCCGUCGACACAUUGACAUUGUGUCUAAUGGCCGAGUGACGUUAACCGGACAUUAACUGCUGUGCCUAAGUAUAUCAGGAUAUAUCUAUUUGGAUUGAUCUAUUGGCGAUCAAGACUUUGUACGAAGGUAUACAUAUUGUUUUUUGUAAUUUGUAUUGUCACAUUUGAAAUGGACCUUUGUAUUUAUUUUGUACUACUUAAUUACCACGUAUAUUAAGUUAUAUACUUUUAUUCGUUUAAAGAGUUUUAUAUAUACGAGGCUUAUUGCCUUAUGGUGCGAUGCAAUAUGGUGUGCUAUUGGUGCUUAAUAAACCAAAUGAA